ACUCCCAUGCAUUGUGUCCACCCUCGUGUCAACCCUCACAAGAUUCACAACACAACCCACUACUGCUUUUACUUUCCACCAAAACAAUAUUAUUGUAAAACAAAAACCCUACUUUGGUCAUAAUAUAUUACUAUAUCUCAAGACAAACCCAAAACACAAUGCUAAAAUUCAACACUCUCAAACAUUUCACUUUCUUUCUUGUUUUCUUGAUUGCUUCCGCCACCGCGGCCGGAGGACGCGGCGGAAGAAAACUCUUUUGGGACAUGUCAAGUGGUAGGGCACCCUCGUCAGGGACACCUAACGGUGCCUCUGGGUCGGGUCAUGGUCCAAAUUGGGACUACAGUUGGGGAUGGGGAUCCGCACCCGGGGCAGGAUGGGGGUAUGCCUCCGGAUCGGGCCGCUCCCCAACAGGUUUGGGUAGAGGCUUUGGAUAUGGGUUCGGAUCUGGGACUGGAUCCGGAUCCGGGUACGGAUAUGGAUUCGGAAGUGGCGGAGCUCAUGGAGGUGGAUAUGGGUCAGGAAGUGGUUCCGGUGGUGGUGCAAACAACGGUAACCGAUCACCAAAUUCAGUAUCUCGGGACAGAACCAACCAUCAUGGCUAAAUUGAUUGGCUCCUACUAUAUAGUUUAUAGUAUAUGAUAGUAAAAUAUUUACUAUAUAUAUAUAUAUAUAUAUAUAUAUAUAUAUAUAUAUAUAUAUAUAUAUAUAUUUUGCAUGUGUGAGAGUGCUUGGUGUGUAUGCAUGAAAAAGCUAGUUAGCUAUAUGAAAGCUUUGAAAUUGCUCUAAACCUAAUGAAAAAAUUAAUAUAAUUUUCCAAUUAUCGUUUUGGGUUGAUUAAUUAUUUUGUUUCUAAUAAUCUCUUAAAGAGCUAUAUAUAUAGCUAGCUAGCUAUUUAGAUGCUUGCAAGAUUUGGGAAUCAUACCUUUUGACAAAUUGAGCAACGUGCCACUACUACUACUAAAAGUUGUAAGAUAGGUUAAUGAAAAUUUCUUUCUAAAUUUUUUGUGGUUCAUUGGAUAUAUAUGUAGUUUGAUGUGCUAUCAACCAAAAUUCUCAUUGUUAUUAUCAACAGAAAUUAAAAAGUUAAAAUAAUUGGAUGUUAGUUAA